GAUGAUCGCAUGGCAGCAGUGGCCACGGGUACUUCAUACUUUGAAAGCUCUGAAACUUUGAGAGGCGUCAGUUAGCAACCGGCUCUCUCCAAGUCUAGAUGCUUCUUCCGUUAUUAAAAUAUAUAUUAUUUAAAUCGUGAUGUUCAGUGUAACUUGAACUUGUCAAUAAUAAUUAUCACGUAUUAUAUAUUGAUAAACGUGUCAUCGCGAUUUAACAAAAAAAUAUAAUAAUAAAUAGUAAAAAAAAAAAAAGAUUUUUAAAAAACGUGAAAAAGGAGAGAUUAUUUAUUUACAAUUUAAAAAAUAUAUAUUAAUCAAAAGAUAAUAAUUAAAUAGAGAAGAAAAAAGUGAUAUAAAUUGAUAUAAUAAUAUAAAUAUUUUUUUAAAAUAAUAAUAAUAAAGACAAAAAAUAAUUAUUUGAGUUUUUUUUUUUUUUCGUUUUUUUAUGAAUGUAUAAAUUUUUUAAAUGUUGGUAGAAAAAUAUUUUACCGGCCGCUCGUGAACAUCUGUGAUAUAUCAAAUUGUUUUUAAUCAAAAGUGACAAUUAACGGUUGUAUUAUUAUUUAAUACUGAUUUUCAUAUGUGCCGUAUAAUAAAAAUAUAUAAAAUUUAAAAUCAGUGAUAUAAGAAUAUUAUUUAAUUAUAUACUUGAUUAAUUUAUUCAUUGAGUUUAAAUUAUUAUCAUUGAUUUUUUUGUUCUUUAAUAAUUAAAGACAAAAAUUUUAUAAAAAAAAAAAAGCUCAAUUGAAAAAUAAAAAUUAAUUAAUUAAUUAAUUGAUAAUAAUAGCUAUAUAAUUAUAAAAAAAGACAAGAAAAAAUUAAUUUUUUUUUUUUUAAAGUUAUAAAUUUAUUAUUUUGACGUGUUGUGUUUAUUGAAGUCAUUCAAAAUUCCUGUGGCGGACGAAAUAGGUCUCCACCCGGAGGCGGAUACCGCGCGUGGUGGUGGUUCUUCUAUAAUGGGUCAAAUUGGAAAUGACACACACAUGUUGUUGAUGGAUGCUUUCCUACAAAAUAAUCGUUUGGAUCAUGUAUCCCGGGUGAUGUCCUCGCACCCAUCAUACCUGGAACAUUUUCUCAGGACACAACACUUUAUCUUACGAGGAGACGGACCCUUGCCCUACGACUAUCGUCAUCUCAUUGCUAUUAUGGCUGCUGGCAGACAUCAAUGCAGUUACCUAAUAAAUUUACAAAAGAGUGAGUUUAUACUUCAAAGUGGUGAUCCAACAUGGCUUCAGGGUCUUCGUUCAAUACCCAAUAAACUACAAAAUCUCUAUGAAAUUAAUAAAAUAUUAGCACACCGACCUUGGUUAUUAAAUAAAACUCACAUAGAGAAAUUAACAAAAGGUGCAGACAACUGGUCACUUGCUGAGGUUGUUCAUGCAAUAGUUUUAUUGGCACAUUUUCAUUCAUUAUCAUCAUUUGUAUUUUCCUGUGGUAUCAAUGAAGAACUUGAUAAUGUUACGGGUCAUCAUUACAAAGAAAAUGUACCAGACAACAGCAAUAAUUUGCAACCUGCCAAAGACAAACUUUCAAGUAGUCCUAAAAAAAUACCCACUGGCUGUGGUAAGACUGAUAAUAUCCCAUCGCCACCUUCAUCACCAAGUAUAGUAGGAGAACAAGAAGUUGGUGUUGAAACACUUUUAGAAAGAAUGAAAAGACUUUCAGAAAAAUCAGAAUCAUAUGAAAUAACACAAGAAGAAUUAUCAAAACGUUUUGAAAGUGUUGAAACACAAUCAGCUGAACUUGCUGCUGCACCACAAAGAAAUAGUAAAGUUCUUGAUUCUGAUAUUGGUCUUUUUAUUGAAGAUCCCACCUUUAUAUACCAAGAUUUUGCCAAGAGGGGACAAUUGAAUGACAUACCAACGUUUCGUGUACAAGAUUAUUCAUGGGAUGAUCAUGGUUAUUCAUUGGUUAAUCGUUUGUACAAUGAUGUUGGAAAUCUUUUAGAUGAUAAAUUUAAAAUAGCAUACAAUUUAACGUAUUACACAAUGGGUGCACAUGAUAAGGUUGAUACAUCAAGAUUUAGAAGAGCCAUUUGGAAUUAUAUACAGUGUAUGUUUGGUAUAAGACAUGAUGAUUAUGAUUACAAUGAAGUUAAUCAAUUAUUAGAACGUAGUCUCAAGACAUUUAUCAAAAGUGCUGUGUGUUAUCCAGAACGUGUCACCAAGAGGGAUUAUGAUAGAGUUAUGAGAGAAUUCAAGCACAGUGAAAAGGUUCAUGUCAAUUUGAUGAUACUUGAAGCUCGUAUGCAAGCGGAGUUAUUAUAUGCUCUACGUGCUGUGAUGAGAUACAUGACUUAAUUCAAUCAAGUAUUUACUUGUUCAACCUGUCUGUCUGAUAGUCAUUUGGUCAGUUGGUCGAUUAUUUAAUCGUAUUCACGUCGAAUUUCUCAGUGGCUUCUUGAUAAUUUAUUGUCUCAUAAACAAACAAAAAAAAAACAAAACAAACAAACAAACAAACAAACAAAUAAACAAACAAUUGAUUAAUUUAUUAAUCAUGCUUAUUAUUAUUAUUAUUAUAUAUGACGAAUAAAAUAAAUAAAUAAAUAUCAAGAAGCCUAUCAGCACUUUGAGAAGCAUAUAAAUAUAUAUAACACACACACAUAAAUAUUUGCAACACAUAAAUAUAUAUGAAACCACGUUGAAAAAUUGUGGAUGUCGUGGGAUUGGAAAAUGUCAACCCUUGUUUCUGUCACCGGAGAUGAAAAUCAAGAAAUGUGGUAAUACUCUUCGAGUGGAUUUUUUUUAUUUUGUGAUGAUAAUUAUUAAUAUUUUUAUUAUAAUUAUAAUAUUAUUUUAUUUUUUUUUUUUUUUUUAUGAUUUUUUGUUAAAUUUCCAAAGAUAAAUAACGCUGUUGAGGGCUCAGAUUAACAUAAAAUUAUUAUUAUUUUUUUAAUUUAAUGAUAAACAUGAUAGUAUUCUCUGAAUAAAAGAAAAAUUUAUUUAAAAAAAAAAAAUUUUUUUUAACUUUUAAAUUUUGUUUUUACAGUCAGAUAAAUUCAGUUUUAAUUUUUUAAUUUUUUUUUUUAAUAUUUAAAAUUGAAACGUUUGCAUUCAAAUUAUUUAUUUAUUUUUAUUUUUAUCAUUAUUUUUGUUAUUUAAAUGAUUUUUAUGACUGGUCACUCUACUUGCCUUGAAAAGAAAACAAUUUGAAUUAGAUUUUAUUGAAUGCAAAUGGAUUGUACGUCGGAGAGAAAGACGAUUUAGUGAGAUGAUUGAAGCUAGUGACAGCAAUGAAGGAUGGAAUAUUUUUUCAAAAACAUAUUUUAAAAGAGAAUGAUUUAAAAUUAGUGAGUUUGUUUGAGAGAGAGAAAGAGUAAGAAUGAGAGAUCGUAAAAAGAGAGUUUAAAAAAACGUAGUUUUAUGAAAUUUACCCCUUUUUAAAGAACAAUGGGACUUUUUAGUUAUUUGUAAAUAAAUAUAUAUAUAUAUCGUGUCUUCGUGUACCUUCAGCACGUUUUAUUAGAUUUUUUUUUUUUUUUCAAAUUUGCCCAUUGUAGUAUGAUAUAAAAAGCUAAAAAAAUAACAUAAAAAUAUCGUUUUUUUUUUAUUGAAAUUUUUUAAAUUAUUUACAUUCUUUCAAUUUUUUAUUUUUUGUUUCUUUUUUUUUUUACUAUUAUUUUCAUUGAAAGAAUAAAAAUAAUUUAUAUAAAUUUAUGCAAAAAUUAAAAUAGUAGAUUUUUUUAAAUUUUCUUUAUAUAAACUUAAAAAAUAAAUAAUAAAUUUAAAAACAAAAUACGUAUAAUUGUUGUCAAGAAUUUUCAUAAAUCAUAUUGAUUUUAUUUUAUUUAAAUUUUUUUUUACUGCUAUUUAUUCAUAUAAAAUAUAUAUAAUAAAAAUAGCAAAAUAAAAGAAAUUUUUUUAAAAGUACAACCUCCAUAAUCGUCAACUUGACAAUGUAGAAACUCUUUCUAAUUAAAUAUACUAUAUUUAUGUAUAUAUUUAUUCUUUUGAAACAUAAAAAAAUCAAAUGUUAUUCAAAGUUAUCAUUGUGAAAAUAAAAAUUAAUAAAUUCAAUUUAUUUGGGUACACAUUUCAAAUAUAAAAUUUCAUUGGCUACUGUUGAUAAUUGAAAAAUUAAUAUGAUGAAAAACAAUUAGAGUUUUGAAUUUUUCACAAAAAACAAAUCAAAUUUUCAACAAAACAAUUUAAAAAUUGAACCAAUUAAAUGUACAGUUAUCAACGAAUAAUCAUGCCUUUGAUGUUAGAAAUUUACAUUAACCGAAUAAACAAAAAAAAAAUAAAGUAAAUCAACUUUGAUGUUUUUUAAAAAUAAUAAAUAAAAACC